AGCUAUCGUGCAAAAGAACAUUUGAAAACAUAAGUAACACUGAAAUAAAGCUACAACGCUAACCCAUAGUCGUCCAACUUAUUAUGUUUUGAAGCUGUUCCGGCGUAACGUGAACGAAAAUGUCUGUUGCUGUCCCAACACCAAUCAACCCCAAGCCUUUCCUUAACCAGCUCACUGGUCAGGCUGUCAUUGUGAAGUUGAAAUGGGGUCAUGAAUACAAAGGCAUUUUGGUUUCUGUUGAUGGUUACAUGAAUCUUCAGCUUGCAAAUACUGAAGAAUAUAUUGAAGGUCAGUCUACUGGUAGUUUAGGAGAAGUCCUUAUCCGCUGCAAUAAUGUAUUGUAUAUCAGAGGAGCGGAAGAUGAUGAUGAAGAAGAAGGUCAAAUGAAAGAAUAAUACUACAUAGUUUAAUAAAGAAUUUGGAUUACAAUCACAACUUGUGAGAAAUAAGUUUUGUAAGCUGUUUUCGUCUUCUAAUUCCAUGUUUUUUAUGUAUUUUAUUUUCAGCAGAAAAAAUGUGCUGCCAAAGAUGAUUAUAUUUAUGUACUUUGCUUUUUCCUUGGUUUAUGAGACACUUUAAUUUUUCUUCAAUAAAGAGGCUUUUUUUGUAA